AGAGGAGGGGAAGAGAUGAAAGGAUCAGAUUUGACUCAUCAAAGAGAAAGACCAGACUCAGAGGAACCAGAGCCAGGGAUGUCCAAACCAGCAAGAAGACACCAGUGCUCUUACUGUGGCAAGUGUUUUAAGCGGUUAGGGAACCUGAAACGGCACGGGCUAGUACACACAGGGGAGAAGCCAUACCACUGCUCCCAGUGUGGAAAGUGUUUCAGCCGGUCAGGGCAUCUGAAAAAACAUGAAAGAAUACACACAGGGGAGAAGCCUUUCUACUGCUCCCAGUGUGGAAAGUGUUUCAGCCGGUCAGGGCAUCUGAAAAAACAUGAAAGAAUACACACAGUGGAGAAGCCUUUCUACUGCUCCCAGUGUGGCAAGCGUUUCAGCCAGUCAGGGCAUCUGAAAAACCAUGAGAGAAGACACACAGGAGAGAAGCCUUACCACUGCUCCCAGUGUGGCAAGUGUUUCACCCAGUCAGGGGAUCUGAAAAAACAUGAAAGAAUACACACAGGGGAGAAGCCUUUCUACUGCUCCCAGUGUGGCAAGCGUUUCAGCCAGUCAAGGGAUCUGAAAAACCAUGAGAGAAGACACACAGGGGAGAAGCCUUUCUACUGCUCCCAGUGUGGCAAGCAUUUCAGCCAGUCAGGGGAUCUGAAAAACCAUGAGAGAAGACACACAGGGGAGAAGCCUUACCACUGCUCCAGGUGUGGCAAGUGUUUCACCCAGUCAGGGGAUCUGAAAAAACACGAAAGAAUACACACAGGGGAGAAGCCUUACCACUGCUCCCAGUGUGGCAAGUGUUUCAGCCAGUCAGGGGAUCUGAAAAAACAUGAUAGAAUACACACAGGGGAGAAGCCUUACCACUGCUCCCACUGCGGAAAGGGUUUUAACCGGUUAGGGACCCUGAAACAGCAUGAGAGAAUACACACAGGGGAGAAGCCUUACCACUGCUCCCAGUGUGGCAAGUGUUUCACCCAGUCAGGGGAUCUGAAAAAACAUGAAAGAAUACACACAGGGGAGAAGCCUUACCACUGCUCCCAGUGUGGCAAGUGUUUUAACCGGUCAGGGAGCCUGAAACAACAUGAGAGAAUACACGCAGCAGAGAAGCCUUAA